CUGUCUCACUGUCAUGAUGUAGAAGAGCUGCACACGUUCAGACGUCAGGAGAGGAUUUCUGUUUCAUCUUUGACUUCAAGUCCAAGAAGAAAGAAACAAAGGAAUAAAGAAGGAGGGAAACUGGUCAUCAUGAGACCAACCUCUGCUUCUGCCACUGACUUAAAUCAGAAGAUGAGUGACUGUGUGGUGGAAGAGGAGGGCAGAGCAGAGUCUACAGUGUCCAGCUGUCUGUCCAUGAAGAGCGACUGGUCUAAAGGACGAACUCCAGACUUCAGUGGUGAACCUGGACCUUCAGACACAAAGGACAGGAAGAGGACUCGAGGUGAUGUGGAGGAGCAGCUGUCCUGCUGUGCUUUGUGUCAGGAGCUCCUGAGGGAUCCAGUCUCCACCAGCUGUGGACACUGGUUCUGCAGACAGUGCAUCACCUCAUACUGGGACCAGUCUGAUCCGUCAGGAGAUCCUGCCUGUCCCCAGUGUGGAGAAAGAUCCAGAACAAGACCUGGACUGCAGACACCCAGUCAAACCAGCCCAGUGGACGGCGGUCUGCAGGAGGUUUUAGACGAGCAUAAGAUCAGUCUGAGGAGGAGAUGUGAAUUUGUGACAGAAGGAACUGCUGCAGCAAGAAGUGGAACCCCCCUCAACAGGAUCUACACUGAGCUCUACAUCACACAGGGACGGAGGGAAGGGGUUAAUACCCAACAUGAGGUGUGGCAGCUGGAGACAACAUCCAAGAUGGCGACCUUCCAUGACACUCCAAUUAAGUGCCAGGACAUCUUUAAACCCUUACCUGGCCAAGACACACACAUCAGAGUAGUUAUGACGCAGGGCGUUGCUGGGAUUGGAAAAACCUUCUCAGUGCAGAAGUUCACUCUGGACUGGGCAGAGGGCUUGGAAAACCAACAUGUCAGUCUUGUGGUUCUGCUUUCGUUCCGGGAGCUGAACUUGAUCAAAGAUGAGCGCUACAGUCUUCUCCAGCUGCUCCGUGUUUUCCAUCCAACAUUACAGACGGUCACAGCAGAGAAGCUCGCUGUCUGUAAAGUCGUGUUCAUCUUUGAUGGCCUGGAUGAAAGCAGGUUUUUAUUGGAUUUCCAGAACAAUGAGGUCGUGUCUGAUGUCACACAGACAUCAUCAGUAGAGAUGCUGUUGACAAACCUCAUCAAGGGGAAUCUGCUUCCCUUGGCUCUCCUCUGGAUAACUUCCAGACCUGCGGCAGCCAAUCAGAUCCCUCCUACAUGUGUCGACAGGGUAACAGAAGUGCGAGGGUUCACUGACCUCCAGAAGGAGGAGUACUUCAGGAGGAGAUCCAGUGAUGAGGAGCUGUGCAGGAGAAUCAUCUCACACAUCAAGGCGUCCAGGAGCCUCCACAUCAUGUGCCACAUCCCAGUCUUCUGCUGGAUCACUGCUACAGUUCUGGAGCACAUGUUGACUACAGACCAGAGAGGAGAGGUGCCCAAGAGCCUGACUGACAUGUACUCACACCUCCUGCUGGUUCAGACACAGAGGAAGAAGCACAAGUACGAUGAGAGACAUGACAGGAGUCAGCAGGAGCUGAUGGAGACUGACAGGGAAGUUCUUCUGAAGCUGGGCAGGCUGGCGUUUGAACAUCUGGAGAAAGGCAACCUGAUGUUCUACCAAGAAGACCUGGAGGAGUGUGGUCUUGAUGUCAGAGAGGCCUCGGUGUACUCAGGAGUGUGCACAGAGAUCUUCAAAACAGAGUGUGUGCUGUUCCAGAGAAAAGUCUACUGCUUUGUUCAUCUGAGCAUUCAGGAGUUUCUGGCUGCAGUCUACAUCUUCCACUGCUACACCAACAGGAACACAGAGGUACUGGACAGAGUCAUGAGAACACGCAAGAAUCAGUUUGGUGGCAAUGAGCCAUCGCUGGAUAUCUUCCUGAAGACAGUCAUGUCUGAAGCCCUGGAGAGCAAAAAUGGCCACCUGGACCUCUUUGUCCGUUUCCUUCAUGGCCUCUCACUGGAGUCCAACCAGUGGCUCUUAGGAGGCCUGCUGGGUCAGACAGAGAGUAGACCAGAAGACAUCCAGAGAGUCAUCAACAACCUGAAGGAGAUGAACACCUUCACUGUCUCACCUGACAGAAGCAUCAACAUCUUCCACUGUUUGAUGGAGAUGAACGACCUCUCAGUACAUCAGGACAUCCAAGAGUUCCUCAAGUCAGAGAACAAAUCAGAGAAGGAACUCUCUGAGAUCCACUGCUCAGCUCUGGCCUACAUGCUGCAGAUGUCAGAGGAGGUUCUGGAUGUGUUGGACCUGAAGGCGUACAACACAUCACAGGAGGGACAACGGAGACUGGUCCCAGCUGUGAGGAACUGCAGGAAGGCUCGAUUGAGUGACUGCAGCUUGACAGAGAGCAGCUGUGCUUCUCUGGCCUCGGCUCUGAAGUCCAACCCCCAUCUGACAGAGCUGGACCUGAGUGAGAACUGUCUGGAGGAUUCAGGAGUGGAGCUGCUGUCUGCUGGACUGGAGAGUCCAAACUGCAGACUGAAGACUCUCAGACUGAGUGGCUGCAGCUUGACAAGGAGCAGCUGUGCUUCUCUGGCCUCGGCUCUGAAGUCCAACCCCCAUCUGACAGAGCUGGACCUGAGUGACAACUGUCUGCAGGAUUCAGAAGUGGAGCUGCUGUCUGCUCUGGUGGAGAGUCCAAACUGCAGCCUGAAGACUCUCAGAUGCCUGUGAUCUCACACUGGAUCCAAGCACAGCGAACAGAGAGCUCCAUCUGUCUGAGGACAACAGGAAGGUGACGUGGGUGU